GCUUGUUUUGCAAGUUCAUUGUCUUUCUUGCAUACCUUCAGGACCAUGGUAUGGACUGGAUUAAAUCGAGUCGAGUAUGAGUUAUAUGUUGUGCUAUUCGUCUAGUUGACAAUUUAUAUCAUGAGAAACCCCUGGACAUGGGUAAGUGUGUAGUCACAAAUGUAGCAGGGAGAAAGUGUCCUGAAAAUGUGUAUGUGAUGACUUUUGGCUUGUAUUUUGUAUGUGAAGAUUUGAUCUGGUAGCUACCAAAUUGUCUGUCCAACUGUAUGCAUGCCUCAACAGAGUUUCUGGUGCAGUGUUCAUUCUGAAACUUGGUAUCAGAAAUAAUUCUUAAAAAAUCUGCAUUCCUGUCUAAGUUUUUCUUCUACUUGUCUUGUUUUUUUUUAUCUGCUAUAUGUCCCAAUGUGAGACAUGUAUUUGAAAUUACAUCAUUAUAUGUGUGGUUAUGAUACAUGUUUUCUUUAGGAUUUUAUUUUUUUAAAGCUUGUAGUUGAUCAACCCUCCUGAUUUCCCUUCAUGCAAAUAUAGCCUCAAAAGAGUAAAGAUCAUGCCAUCCAACAACAUCAUCUUCUUUCCACCAAACUAGCACUUAAACCCCUAUAAAUGUGGCUCAACAUCUUUGCAUGUAUUUCUUUCAGUCAAGAAGGGGCCCUCGUCUCCUACAAAAUGCUGAUACCUGGCAUGAAUGUCCUCAUAACACUACAAUGGCCCCAUAUAUCCAAGAACUCAAUGUCCCUCACCUCGAUAUUCCCCUGAGCAUAGACCAUAUCUAUCCCGUUCUCCCUGCUAGCCCAAUUGUUGCUGUACCUGGUGACAGCCUCUUCCUUUCUAACCUCGACGACGUGAUUGGUGCUCGAGUUUUCACCCCAACAGUUUACUUCUAUCGUUCCAACAACCUGCUUUCCGAGCAAGAACCUGUCACAAAAAUACUGAAGGAAGCUCUUGCCAGAGUUUUAGUUCCAUAUUACCCCUUUUCAGGUAGGCUCAGGGAGCGGGACGAUGGUAAGCUAGAAGUAUAUUUUGCACAAGAGCAAGGUGCCCUUAUGGUUGAAGCUCAUUCUGAAUUGCCCUUGUCUAGUCUCGGAGAUCUUGUUGUGCCUAAUCCUGCUUGGAAAACGCUGAUAUAUAGAUUCCCCUACGAAGAACCUUACAAAGUCAUUGAUAUGCCAUUGGUAAUUGCACAGGUAACAAGAUUCAAAUGCGGAGGCUUUAGUCUCGGGCUUAGAAUUUGCCAUUGCAUAUGCGAUGGCCUCGGGGCAAUGCAGUUUCUUGAUGCCUGGGCGGCCACAGCCAAAACAGGGAGAUUGAUCACAAAUCCAAAGCCCUGUUGGGAGAGGGAAGUGUUCAAGCCUCGUGUCCCACCUAAAGUAACAUUUCCACACACUGAAUACAUGAAGAUUCAAGAGGGCUCUAGUCUCACAAUGAGCCUCUGGCAAACCAAACCUGUCCAAAAAUGUUACAGAAUCAGUCGAGAGUUCCAGACUCGUCUGAAGAACAAGGUGCAGCCGGAUAACAGCUCCGGCUGCACCACGUUUGAUGCAAUGGCAGCGCACGUAUGGAGAUCAUGGGUCAAAGCGCUAGACGUUAAACCACGCGAUUACGAGCUGAGGCUCACAUUCUCAGUAAACGCCCGAUCAAAACUCAAACUCAGUUCCCUGAAAACAGGGUUUUAUGGUAAUGCAGUAUGCUUAGCAUGUGUGACAAGCACAGUUACUCAGCUUGUUGAUGGGCCUCUCUCGAGCACAACCCAACUAGUCCGCGAGGCCCGGUUAGAUGUUUCCGAAGAGUACGUGAGAUCCACAAUAGAUUUUGUUGAGGUGGACAGGCCCAAAAAUUUAGAAUUUGGUGGAAAGCUGUACAUAACCCAAUGGACAAGAUUUUCCAUUUACGAGACAGCAGAUUUCGGGUGGGGUAGGCCCAUCUAUGCAGGCCCAAUAGAUAUAACUCCAACGCCACAAGUUUGUGUUCUGUUGCCUGAAGGGGAGGCUGGUUCUAGUGGAGCUACUGUAGUUUGCAUAUGUUUGCCGGAAUAUGCAAUUCAUAAGUUUAGGGAAUUUUUAGAUGACUAAUAGGGUUAAUAUCCUAGGUGACCACUUCUACAACUUAUCCUAAUAUAUGUUGCUAAUCAAUGUAAUUUGCGGCAACCUUUUGAUA